AACCUUCACUUGUUGACGCCUUCAUUUACGACUCACACCAAUGACAGGACGGCAUAUGUUCCAAAUAUGGUCUGACAUUUUCUUAUGCCCGCCUUCUUUGUCGAUUCGACCAAUGAAAACUCACGGAACCCAUUCCCGGCUGCCGGGGAUACAAAAUCCAGAACAACAGUGACAGUAUUAUCGAUUAAUACCCUCCAAAGAUUAAUCCCUGAGAUGAGGCACUAAGGGAUUUUAAUCAUAGAUGCAGACGUGUUUUUAUUUUAGAGAGACAGUUGACACGACAGGUGCCAUAUAGGCUGCCGGUGAACAGGAAUGCGUUACGGGGCUCAAUUUUCUGGACGGCGGCGAUGGGAGUCGACGACCCCCGCAGGGUAGGAAAAGACCAAGGAGUAAAGAUUAGGAAGGUAGAAGUUACAACUGCGUGAGGGAAACGGACUUAACGAAGGCUGUGUGCAACUUCGCCUGGUUCGAGUGCCUUUAAAAUCGGACGUUUUUCAGAAUUUCACCGCAGGUAAUCAGUAAGAAACGCGUAAACGGUGGGAUUGUCCCAACAAAAGCAAAUUUGCUGCAUUGCCAGCAACAUUGCUCGUAUUAACCACCUGGUCCCUUGUGUAACUUGAUAAUGUGAAAUGCGGGUUCUUACUUUUAAAUGUAGCCUAUUGAUGUUAUUGCCAAGGGAAACCGUUGAUUUGGAGUAUAUCAACAUGUACCAGGAAUACAACGGACAGACAAUGAGGAUUUUUUAACCCCGCCGGCGGUCUACUACUGUCACUUGUGUUGCACUUGGGAGCGAUGACCGGGCCGAAUUCCCCCAGCCGGUCCGGCACGUCGCCGGUCAAGCUGAGCAGGCACGGUCGGUCCAAGAGCACCAGCUCCCACUGCCUCCUUCGCUACGGUACCGGCGGCGGGGAGCAGUCGUCCGCGUCCCCGGCAAGCAACAGCCCCCGGUCGCCAGGUGAGGAGGAGGAGAAGGACGGCGGGGUGCUCUUCUACGUGAACCGGACCGGGUUCCCUAUCGAGACCCUCACCUGGGAGCGCAUGUGGACGCACGUCGCUAACGUGCAUCCCGAGGGCCAGGAGAUGGUGGACAGGAUUCGUAACGCUGCAUAUCCUCCUAAACAUACUGUGCCCUCUCUACCAAACUUCAGGCCGUCUAUGUCCGUCCCAGACUGGCUGCUCUCCGUCCAGAAUUACAUGAAGACCCUGCAAUACAACCACACGGGAACCCAGUUCUUUGAGAUCAAGAAGAGUCGACCGCUCUGUGGGUUGAUGGAGACAGCGAGGGAGAUGAUCAGAGAGUCUCUGCCAAUCAAAUGCCUGGAAGCCGUCAUCCUGGGCAUCUACCUGACCAACGGGCUGACCUCCCUGGAGCGCUUCCCCAUCAGCUUCAAGACCCAGUUCUCGGGCCACUGCUUCCACCACGUGGUGCUGGGCGUGUACUGCAACGGACGCUACGGCUCCCUGGGCAUGAGCCGGCGCCGCGACCUGAUGGACAAGCCGCUGGCGUACCGCACCCUGGGCGAGCUGGUGUCGGAGUUCGAGAGCUCCUACAAGAGAUACCAGCACACGCUGAAGAAGGUGAAGAUUGGCCUCUACGUGCCCCAUGACCCCCACGUGUUCCAGCCCAUCGAGUGGAAGCACCUGGUGCUGAACGCCGCGCGCCUCGGCGUCCACGACAUGAGGAAGGAGCUGGAGAAGCACGGCCGCGACAUGAAGAUGAAGAUCCUGAAAUCGUCCAGUGCCCAGUCACCCAUCAAAGAGCGCAGUCGGGGGAAGUCCUUAUCGCCACGGAGACGUCAAGCCAGCCCACACCAGCGCUGCGCACACCGCAGAGACAAAUCGCCAGGCUCAGUGGACCGGAGGCCAGCAGAACUGAGCACCCUCAGCGACGGCUACCAGAUCCGGAUCUAACCAGUCCGGAGUCUAACAUCCCUCCAAGAAAUAGAGGGAAUACAUUUAUUUUUUCAAACUUUACUUGGUUUUGUUGUGUUCUUUUAUUUAUCAUGUCGCUCUACAUCCCCUCAAGUCAACAAAAACGACCAUCCCCGGAGCAGUGUUUUUCAUAUCCAUCGCCAGGGGUUAUGAUUCCCUCACCAUGGAAACAGAGUGAUAAAGAUAGGUGGGGUGGGAUAAGAGCUGUCUUAGUUUACCUGAUGUUCACGUCAAACAUCGACAACGCCACAACAAGGAUUUUAAUAUUAUUAUUGUUGCCGGUGCUUUUUAAAGCUUCUUAAGGCCGGACUUUAGUCCUUAGAUUAAGCAUCUAGUUUUGAGUGUCAAAGAGAAGCAGUAUUUCUAAACUAGUUGCUGAAGCGACCUUGGUCUCUACUUGAAUAGGAACGGUUUAGGCGGUAAAUAUGGUUAAAUUCUAGUCUAAGAAAUCAGGACUCGUAACAGAGAUUACUGACUUAUACCUUAAAAGUCCUGCCUAAAAUAAACACUCAAAAUCCGGCUUAAAAAGCUAUUGAACAGCCAAAACAAUGUUAAUUUCUUUCUUUGAAAGAAAACGUUUCUCUCAACUCCGCUGGUAUCUCGGUGGGAAAGCGAUUUGUAAGGAGAAAGGAGCAGCAUGUCGAUAAGAGGAUCAACGGUGCAUGCUGGGAAACAGAAAACGAGUGGAGCGGGUGACGGCAGGCAGGAAGGAUGAGGAAUGAGGGCAGAUGUAGAGAGCAAGAGAGCAGGGGGCAUGAGAGAGAGGGAAAGAGAGAGAGAGAGAGAGAGAGGGAGAGGGCAGGAAAGAGAGCAGGGGGCAUGAGAGAGGGGGAAAGAGAGAGAGAGGGCGGGAAAGCAAGGCUUGACUGCGGGAGAGCAGAGUGGGCACUAAACAGACCGAAGCAGUGGAGCACAGAACAUUAGAUCAGGCACUGCAGCAAACCCCCGCCCUUCUUAGCUCUCCUCUUCCCUAGCUAGGCUCUCUGUAUGCCACAACCCGCUUAUUAUGGGCUGUCAGGAGACGCUUGCCCCCCUGCCUUUUGUUACUAAUACCACGGUGCUUUCUGCAAGCCCAAAAUAAUCUGAGAGGAGAGGAAAUGACAUCUCUUAUCCAGCCUUCCAGAAGGAAGUGGGAGCUAUAACUGUUAACGACUUAAUGUGUGUGAGACCGGCUGUGAAAUGACAAAAUACCUCCGUCAAACACACUUAUCCUGUACCAACCAGAGGAAAAGAGCAAUAUAAAACCCUUAAGGUCCAAAACAAGUUUGAAGGAAAACUACAGACAUGAUUUAUUCAAAUUGAAUACGCGUAAAACAUGUUGAAAGAAAAGUAUUUUGCAGACUUUUGCUCAUGUCAUGCUCAUUGUUAAAACUAUGGCCACAAAUUAGCUUUGUUUGAUUGGCAGCUGAUCGAGCCAAUCCCACUCUGUUGCUAAUGCUGAGUUAUCCUGUGAUUGGUAGCCAAUGGAUAACAUCUUCCAGAAGUUAAAAUGUAGCAUAUAUAUAUAUAUAUAUCAUGGUUUUUAACCUUUCAGCAUCUACAUGUCAGCAGCAUCACAUUAGCAAAAACAUUUCCGCAUCACUUUUUUUAGCAUUAGUCAGCAUUAGCGUUUUUGUAUUAGCUUAUUAACAUUAGCAUAUUAGCAAUAGCAUCUGAGAAUGUUGAGUGGUGAAACAGUACGUUUAGUCAGGACUCUGGUAUGGGAUGAACAGCCAAUAAGGGCACAGGAUGCGCAGGAGGUCUAUUGGUCUCUAAACACACUAUUAGGCUAAUGCACUAUCAAUAUGCUAUUAGCAUGCUAUCAGCAUGCUAUCAAUAUGCUGUUGAUGGGUAAUUCAUUUGCCGUUAUUAUAGAUCAAUAGGGUUGUGAAUUACUGGAUUCACUAUAGCGUGAUUGUUUGUAUGAAUAUCAAAAAUAAUCGUAUCUGCAGAAGAACAAUCAUUGCUGGAAUCAGAUCAACUUCAUAGCUGUGUGAAGCGUCCCCAAAACGGGUUCUGUUUGAGUCAAACAAACAUACUGUUUCAUGCCUCUGUUGGGACCUGCUUUGUGGGGUCCAUCCUCAGAUUUAUGUAUUCACAGUAUAUCAUAUCAGUGUAUUGUGCAGAGUGAAUGUACAGUGUUAAAGACACCAGUACAGACACAUAGUACUAUACUGUUGGGAUACUAAGAGAUAACCACUAGAAACUACAUUCUCAUACUGUUGAGAGACUGGGAGCCGACCAGUACAACAACUGACAGAUCAGUCAAAACCAGUGAAGCCAUGGAGUUGACUCCCUGGUCCAGGAUUCAGUGAGUCAGUCUAUUGGGUCCUGCACCAUACAAUAGACGUUGUUAUUAUAUCGUACAUGUACAGGUACAAAAACCUCCUCAAAGGCAGCACAGGCUGUUUCUUUAAACCAGAUUGUCUUCAGUCACAAAGUUAAAACUGGACAUAUUAAAUGGGUUCAGCUUUAUCCAGAGUCCCAUCACAAAGGCCAUCGCUCUAUACUCUGCUAAAGCAGAAAUGCUUCAGAAAUCGUUGUAUUAUAUCCAGUGUCAAGAUUGUUUUACUUUGUUUGUGUAUCUCAUCAGAAUGUUUGAUGUUGUCACAUUGAAUGGUUUACGGCAGUUUCUUGGUCAUCAUGAGCUCACGGUUGCUGGAAAACACUAGGCGUCCUACAAUGUUCUACAUGCUAGGAGAUUAAACGAAAACACACUAGAAUAUCCUAGAACAAGCAGGAACAUUCACACAUAUUCACCGUUUGAAUACUUGGACAAUGAGCUAUGCACAAACCAAAAGGUUAUUGUUAAAAGAAAAUACGUUUAUAAAGUCUUCCAUGAAAUUAAAUGUGAACACAAAGCGUAGAACAGAGAUUACUUUUUGAUGCAAUGAGACAAGUAUUGCCAAGUUUAAUUGCGUGUGUGGCAAUGUUGGUGGGAAUUAUCCAAGAUUCCAAAAAUUUGGCAAAAUCAACUACAUGCUUUGUAGAUUCGGAUUGAGACGUUGAUACGUUUCACGGUGCUUUUUGUGGGACACAGGAUAAAUAUUCUGGGCUUGUCUCGUGUUUGUGUAGCAACUGGCCACAGCGUAGUGAAAUUUAGAAGUGGGGGGAAAUUCACCUGCAGCAAAAACUCACCAGCUAAAUAUAAAUAAAUGAUGAGGUGGUUCUUUGUAUGAGGGUUUAUACUGCAUAGAAGAAAGGCAGGUGCCCACUAAUGUACGGAGAGCACAAUUCAGCAGUGUUGGGUUUCAGUGGUUUAGUGUUAUUAUGUCAUGAAUGGUUUUUUUUUUGGAAACAUUUGUAUUCUCUUUUAUUUUAUGACGAAGAAUGAUGUCUACAUAUGUUUGUUUGUUGUGAUUUUAUCAAAGAGCAGAUGCCAUCUACCUGUCUCCUUUCAGCUAUUAUGAUAUACGAAUCCUUCUUUUCACACUUUUUAACGCCACACAGACAUGGCAGCCCCAGCGUGUUUGGGUUGUAUGCUAGUUAAUUCCUGCACUCAGAAAACCAAAUUAACUUUUUUUUUUUAAUUGUUUGAAUGUAGUUUGUUUUCUGGCUUGUUUUUCCUAAGGUUUUUAUAUGGGAUGAUUGUGGACAUAUGUUUUUUAUAAUUUAUUUUACCUGAACUUUACGAGGGUUUCAGUUUAUUCAGUGAUUGUGAUCUUUAGCAAAACAAAACAAAAAGCGAAUUGUGCUUAUGGUAAAGCUUAUGAUUUGCCUCCAAGUGCUGUUCCUCAGUUUCACCUGAUUGUUAAGAUACCUUAGAUUGUUGUUUUGUCCCUGGGGUAAUUUCGGGCCUUUUUGAGGGGUGUGGGGACAACAGUAAUCUGGCAAUUGUGACUCGUGCCUAGCAAGUGCUCUGUGUUGCAUCUUUAAACACGCAGCAUUUGUAAGAAGACGGUGCAUGGUGUGUGUGUGUGUGUGUGUGUGUGUGUGUGUGUGUGUGUGUGUGUGUGUGUGUGUGUGUGUGUGUGUGUGUGUGUGUGUGUGUGUGAUCCCUGACUUGAAGCCUAUGGGCCAAGAGAAAAGGUUGCUGAUAGGCCAACAAAUUACUCGAGUGAACCACCUUUAUCCUCUGAACUAGAUGUGAAAUAUUGCCUUUCAUGCUAAGCCGGCUAAAUAUCAUCGAUGACUUUCGGAAGAAAAUAGGAAAUUUGCCCGAAAUUCAUUGACGAUUGAUUCUUACUUUGCUUCCUGCUCUUCCUCUCAAGGGACACUUGAAAUAUGAUCACGGCCGCACACUUAACAGCGACAAACAAAGCAACACUUUUCCUUGAAGCUGUUCAGCAAAACAUUUGUGUCGUUCUUUGUGAAUCCAUCCCCUAAAUAGUCAAGAUACAACCUGUGAGUCUACUUUCAACCAUCAAACAAAUGUAAAACCAGGGAAUCAGUUCCAGGUUUUCCCUCUCACUCCCUCCCAGGUAUUCGGUGGGAAUCCGUCCCAGGUUUUAUCUUCCCCCGUGGUGGUUUCUAAUGGUUCUGAUGUUAUCCUGUGUGUAAAAACGAUCGCCCUCCUACUGUUAAAGCACCAGUGGUUCCAUAGAGGUGGAUUUUGUCAAUAAGGCAUGCAUUCUUAUAAUAAAUGAUAUAUGUUUUUAAAA